CGAGCUCUACGACACAACUGCCAUUCUCACGCUGCACGUUAUAUUCUAUUAGACUAUCUCGUCAGUUCAGUGUACUGUGGUUUAGUGUGUCUUGUGUCUACGGUUUAUCCGGACCAGGCUGCUACUCAUGUUUUAUGGUGUUGAGACUACUGUACUCCAUUCAAAAGAAUCUCUUAUCUUGGAUUUGAUUCAUUUUUUACUGAGAUGGACCUUCGCUUCACCAAUCUGUGAUUGGAUAUGAUACAUUUUUUAAUAAGUUUAAUAAUAAGUAGAAGACUGCGGCAAUCAGCCGCAUUUAACUGAUGACGAUGGCAGACGCUCAGGUGGAGUCAUCAUCAGCCGACCCUCUUCGGCGUUAUUCGGAGAUGAGAAAUAAUAAUAAUCCCCUAGUCGCUAACCAUAACCAUCACCAUGGCCGUGGUAAGCAGCGGAAGAGGAAGAGGCUCAGCCAGGUUGUGGAUAAGCUAGUUGUACAAGCGGGAACUCCGCUAAACAACAACAAUUUCUCCAUAAAUAAUAAUCUGGAAGAAAAAAAACCGUCAUUCACAAAGUGUAUUAAAUUGAAGGAUGAACCUUAUUCAGAAGACGAUGAAGUGUUUAGUUCUUCCUCCCCUCACAGUUCCAAUACUGAUUCUCCAAAGAUAAGCAUUAGUCCGCUCAGGUUGAAUCAAGGGUCUUCUGUAGAGGAAGAUGAAAGGCAUCGUGGAUGUGCAUGCCCCCAGUGCGUUUCUGCUGCUUACGCUACGGUUUCGCCAACAACUCCCCCAGUUGCUGCUCCUGUAUACAGUUUCGAGCAAUAUCUUCAUUCUAAAUAUCUUCCUGACAUAUUUAGAAGAAGGUGUCAUUCGGAUUCGGAUUUGCCGUUGUGGUUCGAGGCUAGGACGGAGAGGUCGGAAUAUAGCUCACCUCAAGAUUCACCUUUGGAUCUCUCUACAAAAAGCUCAAAGAGUUCAGACACCUCACCAAGUUCUGGAGAUUCCUUUAUCUUACCAACGCUGUACAGUAAUGUACCUGUAGUAAAAGGGGAUGUCGCAUCACCGACAACCAAGGAAUCAGUUGCUGUAAGGUACAACCUGGAGGUUUCACCUGUUGUGGAAGAGAUGCCUCCUGGAUCUGAUGUAGCAUAUGUCUGUCCUGUGUGUGGACAAAUGUUUAGUCUUCAUGAUCGCCUUGCUAAGCACAUGGCUUCGAGGCAUAAAAGUCGGACGACUCCCGACGCAUCAAGUAAAGCAUACCUGUGUGAGGUUUGCAAGCGCUCUUUUGCGCGUUCCGACAUGCUUACAAGGCAUAUGAGACUCCACACAGGUGUCAAGCCCUACACUUGCCGUGUAUGCGGACAAGUGUUUUCGCGUUCAGACCACCUCUCGACGCAUCAGCGUACACACACAGGAGAAAAACCGUAUAAGUGCCCGCAGUGUCCGUACGCUGCUUGUAGGAGGGACAUGAUUACUCGGCAUAUGAGGACGCACUCGAGGUACGAGUCUGGGCAGUGCGAUGAAUUAUCUCCGCAAUCACUAUCGCCUCACGAAGAUAUUGAGACCAAAGAACGUAAUAUUGUGCCAGCUGUGCAUUUGUUGAUACCUGAAGUUCAUAGCAGGCAAUCUAUCAAUCAUUCAGAUUCUUAAAUGAUUGUUAUUGCUCUCCUGUAGUUUAAACGACUUUUGCUCAAUCUUGCCUAAAUCUCGCCUACAAAAAUGUGAUUUUCAUAUAUUUUUCUGUAAUGAAUAGAGCAUAUUUCUACUUUGUUUAUUGAUCAACAUUAUUGAAUAGUAUUUUUUUUAAAUUAUGCAUGUUAAAAGUUUUGUACUGUUUCUGAAUACUUAUACCACUGUUUUCUGUUCCUUUUAUAUCUAUAUAUGUAGAUUCAACCUGUUGAAGUUUCAUAUUAUUGUUGUUAAAUUUGUUAAACAGUUUCUUUUUGUACCUUGUUUCCUUAUAUAAUUAUGGUUUAAAAAUGAUUGUAACAUGCUCACUAUUAGUUUAGAAAAGUAGAGAAGUACGAGAAAAAAUAAGUGAAACAAUGGAUCAUUGUACAUACUUGAAUAUUUAAGAUGGGCAUUACGUAUCGUUAAAAGAGUAUAUUAUUUAUCGCCAGAUAUUGACAUA